AUGGCUACGGCAGCUAUAGCUCCGCCGCAAGCGUGGAGAAAGAAGAAUGUCGUAUACAAGACGAUAAUAUCACUCAGCACCAUCACCGAAACCAUGACACUGGCCGGCGAAUAUAUGGCAGAGCAACAAUUAUCAACUUGCCCUGUUUCUGAGCCUUCGCGAGUGAACAAUGAUAUCGACCCUCCAAUCACAUACUCUGCCUGUGAAAAUUGUCCGGUAGCUACGGUGUCCUACUCCGACCAGCGGAUCACUAGCAUCGGUGACGUUCGGGAUAAUGGAACACAUACCUAUGUUCCAUACUACUUUGCAGGGUUCCAUGAAUGGGUCUUUGCAUAUACGAAGACUGUAACACUAUAUAUGUCACUUAGUGCUGUCAAUGGGCAGCCUGCAACCGUAACAGGGACGGAAUCUCAGGUUGGUACAUCAUUUACCUAUUCCCUCUCCAUCACCGAUAGCAUUGUCAGCAUUUCCCCAUCUUCCACAGUUUAUGAAAGUACUUCACGUAUCAGCAGGACCGGACCGGUAAUAAUUAACUCCGGGUCAAGUGAUGAAUCCACGCUCGCAUACGUUUCGACCGCACCGACAGUAUUGACUUUUACAAAAACCGAUUAUCGCAAUUCGACUGCUUUUUCCAGACAGACCGCCACGUUGCCUGUUGUUCUUACGAGUACCGCGAGUUCGAGUUCUUCUAGUAUUGUAACUGCAAGUGCUGCUGAUGCUACUGACUUUUCUUUUAGUUCUACUGCUUUGAAUGUUGAUCCGCAAACUGGAACUAUUACGCUCAAGUUCCCGCCUGCUUUGUUUCCUUGGAAUUUUUCUCCUCCUGCUACCCCUUCUUCAACAUCUACAACUUCCACAACAAAAAAGAAUAUAUCAAAAACAAAAACAAAAACCAGUAGUCUGGCAUCUAGUACUUCAACAGAGCCUAGCUACUUCGAUUUGUAUGCCGAUGCCAGCGAAGAGAAUAAUAGAGAGAACACGUAUCCGAUUGCCAAGUCAAAUAAUUCGGCGUCGAAUGAGUUGCAACUUUUUCAGGACAGGCCAAAAUAUGUGAAGCCUUUAAGCGUUUACCUAAAUUCCAAAGGCGAGCUUAUUGAAAGGGCUACAGGUGGGAUAGUGUAUCUCAUCUCUACUUCUGAUCUUUCAAGCUCAUCCAGCAAACGACGAAGAAAACGACAAGAUUCGGCAGACCAAGCAUGGAGUAUGCAGUUCAGCUUGAAUCCGCCGUCCGGCGCUCUUAGAUACGGCUUCAAUAUUGGUUCUACAGGGACCCUCGUUUUUAGUGGAUCUGGGAUUAGUUUACAGUUUGCGUACUGUACUUCAUCAGCUACCAAUUCGCUACGGGAAGAUAUUGUUUAUGGACUAUCCAAUCCAUCGAGAUAUAGCAACUGUGUUACUAUUAGCUUGUUGGCUAUUGAUAGUGCUACGGCAUCGACAUCGGCUAGCAGGGGAACGACUAGCUCUGGAAGGGGGGCAUCUAGAACCUCUGUUAGAGGGGCUACUUCCUCUACAGCUAGCGCUGCUCGUGCAGCUACAACCUCACAAGCUGCAGCUACUUCCGCAAGAAUGGCGUCCACUUCAACAACCUCUCGAGCUCAGCAAAAUAGUCAAGGCCAGAACAACCAGGGGAAUCAGAAUACAAGUCGAAGCCAAAGUAACGGCCGCACUACAGUGGUAUCUAGCCGGGCUACUAAUUCUGCGAGCCUCCCUUUUCUGGGAACUAGUUCUACCUCUAGAGAUAGUCGAGUAGUAGCCACGUUUAGUACUGGUUCUCAGCAAACCGUCAUUGUGACUAUGGAUGACUCGGACUUCAGUAAUAUCUUUACUGCUACUCAGACUCCAAAUCAUGAUGUAACUUCCUCUAGACCCAGUCAGAUGUCCCAGGAUGCUCAGGCCAGUCCCAGCCAAACCCCAGCAAGUGGACAAGAAAACUCUCUAGGUACUUCGGAAACUAGAGUCUCAGCAUCCGAAAGGGCACCAGAUCAAAGUACUCCACAACAAUCACCUGCCCAGUCUCAGAACCAGCCCCCGUCUUCAGCAGAGACAUUCCCUGUCCAGAACCCUUCAGAUGGGAAUGUUGGGAUUCCUAGUCUGACUUCGGCCGGCCAGACGGCUGAUGGUGCUACUCAAUCACCAGACGCUGGAAAACAGCCACAAACACAACAACCACAAUCUCCGGAUAGCUCCAGCGCCUUCCAAGGGGACCAAAGCGGGACUCCAGUUGCUACCCCGACAUCCGCUCAACCGUCGGAUGGGGCAACGGGGCCGAUUGAUACCCCACAAAAUCCCGAGAGCGGAGUCGCUUCCGCUGGCCCAGCGGUUUCUAAUGUCGCCGGGGAGUCUUCUCCCACAUCGGGCUCACCAGUAUCCAGAUCUGAAGGCGGAGGGGUGACUCAGCCAACAGGCCAACCAACAGAUCAGACUACCUGGAGGCCAGUAACAAUCACUACGAUAGGAGCUGAUGGGUCUUCAACGACGUUUGUAGUAGCACCUACCCAAGGCCCAUCAGGACCCGGAACGAUCCCGAUUACAGACGCAAAUGGAUCUUCAGCCACCCUUGUCGUGGCUCCAGACCAACCACAAACGAUCACUACUACGAAUGCGGAUGGUUCAUCUACGAUUAUAGUGAUCACACCGACAGCAAGGCCAACAGUCGCGGGGCCUCAGACUUUUACCACUACGAAUGCAGACGGUUAUUCAACUACUAUAGUUAUUACACCUACCGAAGAAACUAGUCCUCCCCAGCAGCCACAAACGAUUACGACAACAGGGACCGAUGGUUCUUCAACGACUUUAGUGGUAACCCAAAACCAAGAGGCUAGUAGCAAUACUGCUCUGAGCUUUCCUAUAGUCGUGACAAAUAUAUUCACAACUACGGGUUCUAAUGGCGUCGAGGGAAUUACCACAAUAGCCUCGACGUCGUCUAUUAAUACUGUUUCUUCGAACAACAGCGAUGUAACUUCUAGUCAGACUACGGACAUUUCACUUUCCGAUUCUUCUUUUAUCUCAUCAGCGAGUGCGGCGGCUACGAAGACGAGAACUAGAACAAAGACUCGUGUAACCUCGACUGACAAUGCCCCAAACCAAAAUACCAAGAUUAAUACGAAAACUAAGUCUACAAGGUCCAAAACUAAGAUUCCAAAGACAACAUCAAUUGAAAAUGAGAACUCUGGGUCAGACUCUAAGACUAAAACAAAGACGAAGACUAAAACAAAGACAAAAGCGACCUCGGAGGUGACUUUAGAACCUGAGUCAACUUCAAAGACUAAGGCCACUAAGACCAAAACUCCGAAGACAACUGCAACUAAUGAUUUGGAAUCUGGGACAACCUCAAAAACAAAGACAAGUAAAACGAAGUCAGCAAAGACCACAGCGAGUGGAGAAACUACGUCAGCAAAGGUUAAAACUACAAAGACAAAAUCAACAAAAUCAUCCGCGGCAUCUCCGAUAGUUGGUAUUCCCACCGGUGGCCCCACGGCCGAUGAGACUACGUCUACCAAAGUGAAAUCUACAAAAACCAAGUCAACAAAGACAAAGCUACUAGAAACUUCCGAAGUUUCUUUGUCAACGGAUACUUUUGGUACUGUAGAAGAAACUAGCUCAACAAAGAUCAAGUCUACCAAGUCGAAAACCACAAAGGCAACAGCAGCUGCGAGUGUCACCUCAAUUGGGGAAUUGCCAACAAAUGUGGUAUCGACGAAUACUCAGUCUACUGAGACUGAAGUAGUGACAAGUUCUUCACCUGCAAGUAUCUCGGAAACGUCAGUUGAGGAAGCAAUCACGACUACAUUGACUACAACCGGAUCCAAUGGAGUAGAGGGGGCAACUACCUUCACCAUCGUGCUGACUUCCUCAGAACGCUCUCCUUCUUCGUCAAAUUCUGAACAGGCUUCUACGGAUGGAGAAGAUGAGAAGACUACUACAGAUAGCCCUGAAUCCACUCGGGGAAUUCCAACAAUAUCGGUUACCUCUGGAUCUAUCAUAGAUCUCACUACUGACCAAGACGCGCAACCAUCAACUGUUACGACAUCAAGCGUCAAUUCACCUGGAUCACCUAUCAUUGGUAUUCCGGAUAUGUCUUCUACUGAACCAUCCCAGAGUUUCUUAACAACGUUUACAACUGGUGAAAAUGGGCGCACUACCCCUGUGGAGGUAACGGAAACCGAAGUUCCAGCCACCACUCAUGAGGAGUUUACCACAACUUCGCUUUCGAUUGGUGAAGAUGGUCAAACUACCAUGAUUGAACUGACAGUAACAAGAGAUGAUACAUCGUCGCCGGUAGUAAAUACCGGCGACGACAGCCUUACAACUCUUCUUGAAAGCCCAAGUCAAGCUGUUACAACUGGAGAGGACGAAUAUACAACUUCUCUUGAUAGCCUAAGCCAGGAGUUCCCGACUGGGGAGGAUGGCACAACCACACCGGUUGAAAUAUCAUAUAUGCCGACACUAGAUGAAGGAUCUAGUGUGGCUGAGUCCACUUCCUUCAGCACCAGUAGUCCUAUUAUAGGGCUUCCGAACUUCUCCAGUUCUACUGAGCUUGUAUAUACAAGUGUUUCUACCGGAGACGAUGGAUCUGAAAUGACCGUGGAAAUAACUACAACACAGGAUAUAAGCUUCACAACAGGGGAGGAUGGAUUACCAACUCCGCGUCCGUCAGAGGGACUCUCUUCUGAUGAAUCCCCGACGACAACGACAAUUGAGAACCGCUCCCCCAUCACUGGUAUCGUGGAAGCUUCCACUUCGAAAGUUGUAUCCAUAGAUGAUUCGACGGAGCCAAGUAAUGCACCCGAAAAUUCCUUAGAGGCAACUUCGUCCCCAGGUAUAGUCCUGACCACGACCAACGACGCCGGCUCUCCCGUCGUCAACUUACCCGAUCCCACGGCAUCAGAAACAGAAUUUACGACAUAUGCAACGGGAGACGACGGAAGUCAAAGUUUAAUUGAAGCGACUACUGCAAAAACUUCCGAAUCUGAUGCUACCGCGAUCUACACAACGGCAACCGAAGGAUUUGAAACCCGAACUGAGAUGACGACCACUCAUGAGUUUACUGUCAUUACUAGUUAUUCCACUGGCGACGAUAGCAAUCAGACUCCCGUCGAGAUAACAACCUUGAUAGAGCCAGAUUUGACAUAUUCAACUGGUAGUGAUGGUUCCAUCACCAUUGAACCAAUUACAAGUGGUAGAACUGCGAUUGUUAGUUACAGUACAGGUGAGGAUGGCAUUACAACACCAAUUGAGGUUUCUCGAACUUUUGAAUCGAGCAUUCUAUACACCACCGCUGAGGAUAGGCAAUCUACACCUGUGCCAAUCACAUCGUCGUUAGAAUCCACUUUCAUCGUUACGACAAAUGACAACGGAUUGGAAACAACAAUUGGAAUCACAAGCCAGCAGUCUCUCGAUUUUGCGACCGAGUCAGAUGAACAAACAAGAUCUAUUAAUAUAGUUACUACACUGCAACCCUCUGUUAUCACGACUACUGGGGCGGAUGGUUCAGAGACUACAAUUUCUAUAUCUUCUUCCCAGAUUCCCGAGUCCUUUACGACUACAAGCGAUAAUGGCUCUGAGACAGCAAUUGAAACUCUAGCGUCGGACUCCAUGGCCUAUACCACAGGUGAUUAUGGACAGCUCACGACAGUGGAAACACCUUCAACCAUACAGCCAAGCCUCAUCACUGUUACAGAUGCGGAGGGGUCUGAGACGAUAAUCGAGAUUACACCUACUGCUUUUGAUAGCUCAAGUAUUGAUGGAGAAACUAAGGUUUUCGAGUCAAGUUCAUCAGCCGAGCCUAUAUUUAUCAUUACAACGGGCGAUGAUGGUUCCGAAACCGCAGUUCAAGUGACCUCUUCAAGAGUGCCAUCGAGUUUCGUGACUACUACAGACGCAGAUGGAGCUGAGACAUCAAUUGAGAUUACACCAACAGCUCCUGAAAUCUCGACUAUCGAUUGGGAAACUAACAUCGUGGAGCCAAGCUCAUCAGUCGAGCCCCAUAUUAUUACUACAGCGAAUGAAAAUGGGUUUGAGAGCACAGUCAUAAUUAGUCGUUCGGAUAUGCCUUCGAGCUUUACGACUGACCAGAGCGGUGGAACGAUACUCAUUCCGACAGGACCAACAACACCCGCAGAUUCGAUUCUUACCUCUAGGUCAGAUGGCAAUACUAUUCCAGUCGAACCUAGUGCAACUCCUGAGACGUUAGAGUUCACGACCGGUGAUGACGGCAUCACGACCCCUAUCCAAACCCAUUCAAGUAAUGAGGCUAUAUCCACAGAGAAUAGUCAAUCGGUGGAAACUUCUCAAACAGUUUUUACGAGUUAUGCUACCGACGAGAAUGGAAACACUACGCCGGUUGAAAUAUCUAAGAUUCCGGAAGCUACAUCUGAAGGAGUCUCGACUAUGUAUACAACCGGUGAAGACGGAUUCACAACACCUAUUUGGGUUACCAAGGUUCCUAGUACCGCAUCCGCUAGCACAGAAUCCACUAUCUAUACGACAGAUGAGGAUGGGGCGACUACUCCCGUGGACCAAAGCCUUUCGAACUCAUUGCCAAAUGAUGUAACAGGUACCGACGGACUCACGACGCCGGCUGAUGUUACCAAGAUCCUAGAGAUUACAUCCUCUGAGAUUUCAUCUGGUGCUAUCACGACAGAAGAAGAUGGGAAGACCACUCUUGUGGAUUCACCUACAUCUGGUUCAUCCCAAGGACAUAAAAGUGGUGAAAGUGGAUCUACAGCACCUGUUGAGGCUACAUCCAUUGAAGCUACUUCAGCACCGGAGGCAACAACACCCGGUAUGUACACGAGCUUUAUAACAGGAGAUGAUGGCUUCACCACACCACUUGAUGUCACCAAGCUACCGGAGAUAUCUUCUUCUGAAUCCACAUUUACUACGUUUACGAUUGGGGAUGAUGGCUAUACUACACCCGUUGAAAUGACUACACAUCCAGAGGGAACUUUAACCGAGAAGAUUACAACAGAUGAAGGUGGUUUUACAUCGCCUGUCGAUAUCACUACACCACCAAGCGCUACCUCUUCUGAAUUAGUAUCUACUACAUUUAAAAUUGGAGAUGAUGGCAGUACUACUCCCAUAGAAGUCAUCCAUACCCCAGAUGAAAUAUAUUCCGAGAUAGAUGCAAGCUUCACAACUAGCGAAGACGGUUUUACGACGCCUAUCGAAACUAUUUCGCGACCAGAGGAAACAUCAUCUGAUGGGUAUACAAGCUUCAUAACAGGUGAUGAUGGAUUUACUACGCCCGUAGAUGUCACUAAGGUGCCAGAUAUCACGUCUGGAUCUGCACCUGCUACAUUCACGACUGGGGAUGGUAACACCACUCCUACAAAUGUGACUGAUAGGCCAGAGGAAAUACCAUCUAAAGGUAUAGACAUUGACGAUACAACUGAUGAACCCGAAUCUACGACUCCUAUUGAGCUUACUGAAGUUCCGGAGGUAACAUCGUCCUCGCUCAUAUCUACCGUCCAAGCGACGGGAAGUGACGGGAAUACGAUAUCUACUGGGGUAACCAACCUCCCGGAAGACACCAGUUCGGCUACAGACAGCUACGCCAGUUAUAGCACAGAAGCCGACAGCAGUAGCGUACCAAUUGUCGUUGCUACCUCAGAGACAAUCCUAAGCACUGAGAUGUACACAAGCUAUACGGCUGGUGAUGAUGGCAUUAGCACUCCUGUGGAAUACACAAAGUUCCCAAUUUUUACUUCUACAACAGGCCUAGAUGGUUUUACUACCUCGAUAGAGGAAACUAGGCCUGUUGGAACUAACUCCAACACCAAUAGCUUGGCGACUAUUACAGGAGAUGGCGGCACCAUCUCGGUAGUUACAAUGUCUCCUCCCGAAUCAAUGGGCCAAUACACGACCGGAGACGAUGGUGUCACCACGCCCACUAGCCAAAAAACAGAGCAGCUACAGACUUCUGUAACAGCGAAUGAUAAUGGAUUACCUACACCUCUUGAAACUUCUCAAUCACCCCAAACGACGGAUGGGGAAACAGUGGGUGGGAGACCCGGUAUCGACAUCCCAUCGCCUACAAAUUCUGAAAAUACUGCAGGCACCUUCAUCACUGGAGUAGAUGGUGAGACUAUAGCUUCUACUAUAAGCCAUGACAAUGAAGGUACAUCCGCAACUAGCUAUCCCACUACCGGGGAUGAUGGAGUUCCGACGCCCGUGGAAAUUUCCUCUAACACCGACUUGACCACAGGCGAUAAUGGGCUCACCACUUCAAUUAUAGCCACCUCCACUGGAGAUGAUAGCUUGGUUACAUCUAUCGAGACCAUCGCCUCUUCUACCCAAAAAGAGUCUGGUACAAGUGCUACAAUGAGGGAAGAUGGCCUUACUACUCCCGGAGACGGCGAAAUUUCAGCGACAGUAGAGUCUAAAUUUACUACUGGUAAUAGCGGGGAGGUUACUACUAUCCUGUCUUCGCCGGCUGAGAUUAGCUUUACAACUGGGGAUGAUAGUUUUACAACUCCAAUCCUCCAAACUAGCGUCGUUUCACCAACUGCUACAGCGGACGAGACCGAUCUCACUACGGUAGCCGAAUCCCUAAGCUUGACCACUGAUGCUAGCUUUACGACUGGGGAAGAUGGCAGGACGACUGGGUUUGACGCUUCCACGAUGAUUGCAACAGGAGAGGAUGGAUUUACAACGCCCACGCCCCAAACCAAUAUCUUCUCGCCGUCAGUGACGGUGGGUGCCUCCAAUAUUAUUUCUACUACUGGCGAUAAUGAUAUGAGCUCUUCUUCGGAUAGCUUCACAGAAAGCUCUUUAGUCACUUCAGAUCCAUCUGUAACAACAGGUGAUGAUGGUUUCACGACACCAGUUCCCCAGACGAACAUAUUAUCACCAACUGCGACAACAGGCGAAGAUGGCAUCAUAAUACCGAACACAUCUUCGAUUCCCGACAUAACCACUACUAAUGAAGUUGACUUCGACCUUAGUACUUCCUCAAAAGCUCUUCCAGUCACUUCAGGAGCAGCUUCCGAAACGGGAGAUGGUGGGUUUACAAUACCAGUUGAUGACGGGACAUCUGCCACACAAGCCACCCCGACACCAGCCGAGGAUAGCACAACAACAAGUCCGCUUAAAACUCCCACUAAAGAUGCAUCUACUUCAGAAGUAACCUUUAUGACUGGGGAUGAUGGACUUACAACUCCUACCAAAACACCGACGUCUAGUCCGCUUUCUUCUUCUGCGGACUUGUCAGAGCCUGGGCCGACUAUUUUGCCCGUUAGCUCUACAACUUGGACUAUAGUAGAUGAUGGCAUUAGUACCCCUAUUGAAACAUUCGUCCAAACCAUGGAGAGUACUGAACCAGGCACAAGUGAGACAUUUUCGCUCGAUACUUCCACAGAUUUUAGUUAUACGACGGGUGAUGACGGCCUAGCGACUCCAGUCGUUCGAACCAAUGUCGCGUCAAUAAGUUUUACAACCAGUGGCGACGGAUCCACCACUCCGGUGGUUGGAACCAUGACUUCCUCAGGUAUACAAUAUCCCAUUACUGAAGAAAAUGGCUCAGCUACCCUCUCAGAGGGAGUUUCAGUAUCUGGAUAUUCCUCGAUGACUGGUGACGGCGGGUUGGCUACACCGGUGGAAACAGUAGUUGAAUCCUCAGCUAGUGGUUCCACUACCAGCAAAGAUAACUUUACUAUAACCACCCCCAACGAAGGAUUUUCAUCCGCUAUUAACAGCGGUAGCGCCGCUAGUACGGAUGAUAGCACUCUGAUUGGUAUUUCAAGUGAAGCAUCCGAAACGACUACUAGUUCCAGCCCAAGUACAUCCAGCCAACUAGAACUUAAUACCAGUACUGAAGUGACCGGGGGAGCUUCGCAUAAAACAAGCAUGGAUGGAGCUUCUACGACUAUUGGCCCAGAUACUACGACUUCUGGUCCCGAGGAUUUUACAACUGGUGAAGACGGCCUUGCUACACCAAUACAAACUCGCCACGAUCAGGUAUCAGUAACAAGCGAGGGUGAUGGAUCUACAAAUACUAUUGAGCAUGCAAACCGAACAUCGAUGAGUUACACCACUGAUAGCGACGGAUCAUCCACUCCAGUUGCAUCAGAACAGGUUGUGACUACCAUGCCGGAUGGGGUUACUACAUCCGUCGAAAGAACUUAUCUUAGUUUACAGAGUUCAUUAAGUUUCUCCGAGACAUCCUCCACCGCCGAAUCAUAUUUGUCUGAGAAUGUGCAGCCAAUAUUUACGAAUAGUCAAUAUGAUACUAAAACUUUAGCGGAAUCGACGUCGACAUACGAAAUUGGAAGUUCUAUUGUUGGAAUCCCCACAUCGGAAGAUAUUUCUAGCCUCAGCGAUUCUAGAACUCCCGAAUCUGGCCAGGCAACUACAACAUCGAUAGAAACUGCGUGGACCGAGAGUAGAAGCGACGCUACAAAAACAUCGACUUCACAAGAUAGCUCCACGUCCGCACCCGAAGGUUUCACAAGUACUCUAGAUGGUGGAACAGUGAUUACCACAGCCGAGACUCCAAAUAGUGAGUUUAGCAAGACAGAAGAGCAGCAGACAGCUACAAGCUUUGAUGAAGAGACUCAGACAGCUACUUCUACUACUUCGGAAUCCAGUUCCCAGCGGUCUAUUGAUACUGGAAGUCCCAUAAUUGGAAUACCGGAUAUUACUUCUUCGGCGAAUUCCAAAGAUCAGGGAUCAAGCAUAACUUCAGAUGAGAUUACCAGUACCUUAGAUCAAUCUACUGUAGCGUCUGAAACAGAACUUCUGAGUUCAUCAGGGUCAACUAUCGGUGGCCAGCCCUCACUAGAAACAACAAGUGACACCUCAGCAGUCGAGCCUACUUCCGUUGAAGAUAUCACUCUAUCAGAGCCGACUAGUAGGCCAGAUGAGACGCCGGUAACAGCGACCAGUUCGCGGGACCAGGGCACUUCGACACCAGCCGACCAUACGACCAGUCAAACGGGUGUCGAAGCCACUAUGACCACACCAGACAAAUCAGCUUAUGAUACAGACACUCAAACAACUGUAGAACGGGACACCGAUACCCUCUCUACGGUUUCGCUACCAAUCGGUAUGGUUAGCACAUCUAGUAUCUCUCAGACGAGAAGUGAGACAAGCGGUGAUUCUCGUGCUUCAACGACAGCUAGUCAAGAAGAAGAAACUACAUCCAAGACCACGUCCGAGCCGCAAUCUACUGAUGCGAGCAGCUUUGAAUCGACCAUUCUUGGGUCAGAAUCAUUUCCCAGCUUGAAUCCGCCUACAAACAUCGCCAGCAUCCCAUCUUCCACAGAGAGGCAGGAUAUCCCGGCUUCAACCACAGAUGAUUCAAUGCCUGCACGAACUUCGUUGAGUGACUCUAUAACACUAUCUUCUGGCAAUACCUCUACCAGUUCCGAGGACCUACAAUCCACUUCAACCAGGAACCAUUUGUCAGGAGAGACUACAGUCUCUAUAACCUCAACCGAGGCAUUGACUACUGAAACCAGCUCCUCGUCGACUCCGGGCGAAGACCGCGCUGUUGAGACCUCUACGACAUCGGAAGAUAAUUAUUAUACUUCAGUCGGAGGUAUGAUUAGUGGUGCACCUACUGAUAGCAAUGAUGCGGGCAGUACCUCCGCUACCAGCACGGAAUUUACGACCCCGAGUGCACGAGAAAACAUCCUAAGCACGACACAUACAGCCUCAAGUGGGAGUGAUGCAAGUUGGACUGCAGAAGGUACGGACUCAACAGAGAUUUCGGGUAUUUCUGUGCAAACAACCUCAGCAUCCGAAUCUAAAACUGUUAUUGCUUCAGUUACAUCCGAUCGCUCAGGGUCUAUAGAAACAUCAACUCCUGAAGACUUAUCAGAAAAAUUCACCGUUACGUCCCUCAGCGAGGGACUGCCUACUAUGUCGCUCGACGAUGAGCAUAUGGUAUCUACGUCCAGUAUUGAAGCAUCAGAGUCCACAACUGGUUCAGGAAGCUCCAAGUCAACCUCAGAUGAUCAGGAUACCGAAUUAACAACUAAAUUCACCGAAACUGAUGCUCCAUCAAGCUCUACUGACUCGGAAUCGGGAACGAUACAUGCGACUGGAACCUCAAGUACUGAAUCUGAGAUAAUUGUCUCGUCUACUCAAGCUACAACCUCUACAGAAUUUGACAAAAGUACUUCCGGAGGAUCCUCGUCAAGUUCAAUCGCAGAAAUUUCUAUAACUACCGGUAGUCCAAUAGUUGAUUUGCCAGAUGUCACUUCAACCAGUGAUCUCUUAUCUACGGAAUUAUAUAGCAAAUCAAACAGCAUUAUUGGUCCGAACGCAAGUUCUGAGUCUAUAACAGUCUCUGGCUCGUCUACAGAAACCGGUAGCGACACAUCUGCCAGCUUUAUUACAACAGAUAGCGUUGAAAGCACAACUGCGGGUUCGGACUUCGAGACUACCCUUUCAACUUCUAGUAUUGGCCCAGAACGCACAGCGACUGAUGAUACAACAAGUUCAUAUACUACUGGCAAUCCCAACAUUAACUUGCCUGCAAUAACAUCAACAAGUGAAAAUAUUAGUCCUGCUUCUGAUGGUGAAGCUAGUAGCACCCGUAGUGGCGAAGGAGAAUCCACAUCACCACUUGCUCCUACUGGAGCUACGGAUGCAAGCACCACAGAAGAUAUUUCAUCGAGCGUGCCAUCUGAAAGCACUGGUACAACGGGUGUUAAUUUACCAGCAAGUUCCCUCGAUGACAAUGAGAGUGUGGUUAGCACGGCAACUGUAUCUCAAAAAGAAAAUACAACCCCCACCUUUGCCAUUUCUAGUGAGAGUGAUGGUGCGAGCUCGAACGACAUUAGCUCCAAAGCCAUGGCUGAAACAGUCGAGAUUACUACGUCUUCACUUUCGGAGGAGACAACAACUUCGCAGUUUCCUAGUGCGGAGGAGACUCCGACUACAGAUGUUACUAGUUCUUUCGGCGACAACCAAGGGAUAAUUAGUACAACUUCAACGGAUACGUCGACUGAAACCGGCGAUUCUCCGACUGCCAGCUCUGUUGAAUCAUCACAGAGUAGCGGCCUCGCUAGUCAAACGUUGGCGACUACCUCCUUUGACCUAGAUUUCACAAGUUCGCUGAGUCAGAAUUCGCUAGAGGCCACUACUACGCCCUCUCAAUCUAGCUCGGUCGAGGCUUCGGAGGCUACCUCAGAUACGGGAAUAACAACGAGGUCUGAGAGUAGUUUCACUUCAGCGAGUGUUACAUCUUCAACCACUUCUACUGAAUCGGACCCAGGGACCGAUUUCUCUCUUUCAGAGCAUACGAAACCAGUCAGUGCUACGGAUACCACGACAAUAGACCAAACUUUUAGUUCAACAAGCUCAGAUCUCUCGAUCGCGAGCGAUAGUACGACUAGUACAGAAACAGACAGCAAGGACAUAUUGACAACUGUUACAGCUCUACCUCUCAGCACUGAUUCAGAUCAUGGAGGAUCAACCGUAUCUCAGCCACUAGAGAGUUCAAUUUCUGCAGAAAUAACGACUAGGGUAACUGAAACCGAAACGACAACUUCUGAGGAUUUUACGUCAUCAACAAGUCCAUACACCCAACCUACAGGUGAAAACACUCAAAGUGAUACUACUUCAUCCAAGGAAGAUGGAGAUACGAUAUCAACUGUUAGUACCAAAGCAAACCUUGUGUCAAGUACUGCUAGAUCUUCAAUGGAUGAGAUCACGACUUCCAGUACUUUAUUUUCAGGAGACGGGCCCUCAACCACCACUACAGAAGGGAUACUCGAUACACCGACAGACUCUUCUACUGAAAGCCUAAGUAGCUUUCAGACUAACCAUGCCUCUAGCUCCGAUAGCUCCGGCUUAACUUUGAAAACAGAGGUUGAUUCUGCCUCCAGCAAUGAGUUAACCGAAACAGAAAGGAGUGUGACACCGACGCCCGAUGCGAUGACUAGUUAUAGUUCUAUUCCCACAUCGCAAUCUUUCUCCGAACAAAGCUUUCCAGAGACAACAAGCGCGUCGACAGCUGAAGAAACGGCGGCCUCUUCCCCUGAUACUAUUUCAAAUGAUAUUACAAGUACCUCCUCGUUUUCGGAAGGUGAAGUAACCAUCACAUCAUCUGAAGGCAGCGAAACAACAGAUCUUUUCUCUUCUUUGGGAACAUCUACAAGUGCUGAUCCUAGCUUCCAAACUGAUGGUCACUUGGCAUCAACUGCCAGCAUGAAAAGUAGCACAUCUGAAAAUGAGCCAUCUACUACUCCAGUAGCUGAAACCGCUUCGAGUACAUCUUCCCCUUCCUCAACAGUGCUAGAGACCACAAAAAUUUCAGAAACAACCACCGAUUCAGAAUCUACUGAUGUGGGUUCCAUUACGGAGACAAUCUCAGAAGCUUCAUCUUCUGGGACUCCGGGCAGCGCUCCAACAACCUUAGCCGAUAGACCGACGGGUUUAACGGAAUCUAAUGAUUCCAUAUCCACUUUAGACGAUAAUAUCGGCAUUGUAUCCACCAUUAGCCAGACAAUAUCUGCCACUGCAACUAGCGGCCUUGAGCUCACGGGCACUGACACAGAUUUCACUUCAAAAUCAACUUCAGAAAUUUCAACCUCUAAUAAUUCGGAUAGUUUUCCUAUCAGCCCCACUGAUAUCCCUAUAGGUUCAACGGAAACAAGUAGUUCUAGCUCAACGGUAGCUAACAACCCAAGUAUAAUUUCAACAAGUCAGAAGAGUUCCGAAGUGGUAUCUGCAGCACCAACCGACUCUCUAAUUUCUUCAUCUGGUGCUUUAGAAAGUUCUACUAGCGAUUUCACUACGACGGCAUCUACGGACGAGCCAACCUCAACUCUGGACGACAAUGUGGCUAUUCCUCCCACAGAAGAACCAAAAACGCUUGGUUCGGCUCCGAGCCCGGAACAAACCCAAAUAACAUCAGUUGCAAAUAGCACUACCGCUAAAUCUUCAGAAAUCACAUCCUUAACUAGUAUAGGUGACGACAUAGGUGUAGUCUCUACAGCUUCAUCCUCAAGCGAUGCGGAAGCUACCACUGCCGCCGUUGGGGCCACAGCCAGCACUACAGUUACAUCUUAUUCUAGUGAUACUGCGGACUCAGACUUUUGGAAAACUACAACAACUGCGAGCAGCACUACCAUGGUUACCAAUGGAACUACCCCUUCUCCUAAUCAGCAUAUUCUUACAACAAGUAGUUUUAUCUCCGAUCCAACUACUUCGUUUAGCGAUGCUACGAAGUCAGGAUCAAUGAGGAGUAGUACCAGCCGGUCAAACACAACAGCAAUUUCCCUAGACGAACAUCUCGUUUCUACUAGUACCGGCGGCAUAGCAUCACCGUCGUUCCUCAGCACUACCGCCGUGGCGUCAACAACACUCGCUUCAAGUACUAUCUUGAGUACCUCAGAAUUCCCAUCUAGCACAAUCGCUUCAACUACAUCCGGAUCCUCUACCAUGUCCUCAUUCUCGAGUACAAUCACCUCAAGUUCUUCAAGUACCACGACCUCCUCGAACAGUAGUUCAACGUCCACUGAAAGUGCACAAGAUAAUGUCACUUUCCAAGUUAAUUACUUUACAGCCUCGUAG